UGGAGGUUGCAUGGGAGUCUUGCAUUGAUCCAUUGAUUGCACAUGGUCUCUUGCCUGACCUCCUUGCUCCCAGGGAAGCUGUCUCCAUGGCUACUGGCUCUGCUCCCCCAGUGGCAGACUGUAAAUUCCUGCAGGCAGAGCAGAGCCUGGGGAUGAGGGGGUGUGUGUGUGUGUGUGUGUGUGUGUGUGUGUGGAAUCAAAGAAGGAGCAGCCAAAGCCAAAUAGAAAGAAAGGAAGAAAGGGCGUUGCUUGGAUGGAUCUCUCCUUUCCACUCCCCUUUCUCAGGUCCCCAGCUCUAGACCAAGGCUCCUUGUUUCCCCCUUUCAUUGCUGCUGCUGCUGCUGCUCCCUUGCAAAACUGGAAUUGGCUGGGAUGAUUUAAAAAAAAAAAAAAACACCCAGAGGCAGCAGCCGGGAGAGCGAUCAAGUCCACUUUCUUCAAACUGCCCCGGGUCUCCUUCUCUCACUCGCUUCUCCUUAGAAUCAAGAGCCUCAAGCUGAACCCAGAGUAGCGUUUCCCAUCAUUUCAGUGCCUUUCCCUCCCCCACUCUCUCACACAGCCAGAAGAGAGCUCCUUAAACUCUCCCCCCCCACCACCACCUUUUUUUUGUUUGUUUCUUGCAUGUUUAGGCCGUUGUUGAAAAGCAUCAGAAAAUUCCACCCCCCCCCCAACCAUCCCCUAUCUUCCACACACACACACACACUGCAAUGGGGGCUUUGCAGAUUGCUGAAUUUUGCAUUCUCUUCUUUCUCCUCCACUCUGGAAACACUCUGGCAAAUAAAGCCAGUCAAGAUGUUGACGAAUGCGUCGAGGGGACCGACAACUGCCACAUUGACGCCCUCUGCCAGAACACCCCCAAAUCCUACAAGUGCAUUUGCAAGUCCGGAUACUCCGGAGAUGGGAAACAUUGCAAAGAUGUCGAUGAGUGCGAGCGGGACGAUAACGCUGGCUGCGUCCACGACUGUGUCAACAUCCCGGGGAAUUACCGCUGCACCUGCUAUGACGGCUUCCGCCUGGCACACGACGGCCACAACUGCCUGGAUCUGGAUGAGUGCUCGGAGGGGAACGGUGGCUGCCAACAGACCUGCGUCAACAUGAUGGGGAGCUAUGAAUGCCACUGCCGGGACGGCUUCUUCCUGAGUGACAACCAGCACACCUGUAUCCAGCGCCCGGAAGAAGGAAUGAACUGCAUGAACAAGAACCAUGGCUGCGCCCACAUCUGCCGGGAGACCCCCAAGGGGGGCAUCGCCUGCGAGUGCCGGCCGGGCUUUGAGCUCACCAAGAACCAGCGGGACUGCAAAUUGACCUGUAACUAUGGAAACGGAGGAUGCCAACACACGUGUGACGAUACAGACCAAGGGCCCAAGUGUGGCUGCCAUGUGAAGUUUGUGCUGCAUGCUGAUGGGAAAACGUGCAUAGAGACCUGCGCUGUGAACAACGGGGGCUGUGACAGCAAGUGCCACGACGCAGCCACGGGUGUGCACUGCAGCUCAAUGGGCUUCAUGCUGCAGCCAGACAGGAAAACUUGCAAAGAUAUCGACGAGUGCCGGCUGCACAAUGGUGGCUGCGACCACAUCUGCAGGAACACGGUGGGCAGCUUUGAGUGCAGCUGUAAGAAAGGUUACAAGCUGCUGAUCAACGAAAGGACCUGCCAAGAUAUUGACGAAUGCUCCUUCGACAGGACCUGUGACCACGUCUGUGUCAACACCCCAGGGAGCUUCCAUUGCCUGUGUCACAAGGGCUACACGCUGUACGGGCUCACCCACUGUGGAGACAUCGAGGAAUGCAGCAUCAACCGAGGGGGCUGCAAAUUUGGCUGCGUAAACGCCCCUGGCAGCUACGAGUGUACCUGCCCGGCCGGCAAACUGCACUGGAACAAAAAGGACUGCAUAGAGCUGGUGAAAUGCCUGACGGGCCCCGUCUCUCACCGGGCCAUGCUCACCUGCAACAAGAAUGGCAAGAAGGAUAGCUGCUCCCUCACCUGCACCUCCAAGGCCCGCUUCCUGCCAGAGUCCGACAGCAGCUACACGGUGAGCUGCGGACGCCCUCCUGCGCCAGGGGCCCAGCAGAAGCCUGGCAACAGCAGCCAUCACUGCAUCGAGACUGCCGCUGCUCCAAUCAAACAAAAGGCUUCCUUCAAGAUCAAGGACGCCAAGUGCCACCUGCACCCGCGCAUGAAGGGGAAGCAGGAUGAGUCGGGGGAAGCAUGGGGCCCCAGGCGGGGCAGCCCCCUGCUCAGAUUGCCAGGUGACCUUCGUGAACCUCAAGUGCGACUCAUCAAAGAAGGCAAAGGCCGCCGGGCCCGCAACUCCCCCAACAAGGAGGUGACGCGCAUCACCCUGGAGUUUGAGGCAGAAAUCAAACCGGAAGAGGUCACAGCCAGCUGCAAUAUUAACUGCCUGCGGCAGAGGGUGGAGAAGAAGCUGAAGUCUGCAAUCAAGGCCCUGAAGAAGUCCAUAAACCAGGAGCGAUUCCUGAUCCGCUUCGCGGGCAUGGAUUACGAGGUGGCGCGGAAGCUGAGCAUGUCCCCGGAGAGUCAGGAGAGCUGCGGGCCAGGGCAGCAAAGGCUAGGAUCCAAGUGUGUUAGCUGCCUGCAGGGAACAUAUUACCACGGUCAGCUGGAGCAGUGUGUCCCUUGCCCCCCAGGGACCUACCAGGAGAAAGAAGGCCAGCUUUCUUGUGACCUUUGCCCUGGAAGCGAUGCGUAUGGCCCUGCUGGAGCAACAAACAUAACCACCUGUGCAGGUCAGUGUCCCCCUGGUCAUCACUCAGUGGAUGGCUUCAUACCCUGCCAGCCGUGUCCCCGGGGCGCCUACCAGCCUGAAGCUGGGCGAGCUCUGUGCUUCCCUUGCGGUGGGGGGCUGACCACCAAACACGAGGGAGCCUUCUCCUUCCAGGACUGCGAUACCAAAGUUCAGUGCUCCCCGGGUCAUUACUACAAUACCAGCGUCCACCGCUGCAUCCGCUGUGCCGUGGGCACCUACCAGCCAGACUUCCGCCAGAAUUACUGCAUCACCUGCCCCGGCAACACCACCACGGACUUCGAUGGCUCCACGUGGUCCCAGUGUAAAAACCGCCAGUGCGGAGGGGAGCUGGGCGAGUACACUGGCUACAUUGAGUCUCCCAACUACCCUGGGAACUACCCCGCCAACAUUGAGUGCACCUGGAACAUCAACCCCCCCCCAAAGCGCAAGAUCCUCAUGGUAGUCCCAGAGAUCUUCCUGCCAUCCGAGGACGAGUGCGGGGACGUCUUGGUCAUGCGGAAAAACUCCUCCCCCUCCUCCAUCACGACCUAUGAGACGUGCCAGACGUAUGAGAGGCCCAUAGCCUUCACCGCCAGGUCCCGCAAGCUGUGGAUCAACUUUAAAACCAGCGAGGCCAACGGCGCCAGGGGCUUCCAGAUCCCCUACGUCACCUACGACGAGGAUUAUGAACAGCUGGUGGAGGAUAUUGUCCGGGAUGGCAGGCUGUACGCCUCCGAAAACCAUCAGGAAAUAUUAAAGGACAAGAAGCUGAUGAAGGCUUUCUUCGAUGUGCUGGCUCAUCCACAGAACUACUUCAAGUACACGGAGAAACACAAGGAGAUGUUACCGCGCUCUUUCAUCAAACUCCUCCGCUCCAAAGUCUCCAGCUUCCUCAGGCCUUACAAAUAGCCCCCAGCCAUUUCCACCUGCCUCAUGGGCCACCCUCCAGCCAAGGAAACUUUCUUUUGCUCUUAUUUGAUGGUUUUUUGGGUUUUUUUUUCCCCAAACAGCUUUUUAAACAAACAGAAUCCCCAUCUCUCACUAUGCAGACGACUCUAAACGAUUUCUCCUUGGCUUUCUUCAAACUCAUCUCAGCGCUGACUUUGUCUCCCGCAGGGGCGGUCUGUAAUCUCAAGGCAUCCCAUGCUCUGUUCCCUUACUACGGCAUGUGCAGCCCAUAACAAUUACCAGUCCCGGAGGGUGAUGCUCCUUCUCAGCCCAAGUGGCCUCUACAUGCAGAGGCAGCUGCAACCUGCUCUGUUUUAUGUAACUUAAGUGUAGUCACUCUGGUUGCAUUUGUGGCCCUUGAUGACUACACAUCUGCGUCCAAAUCUGUCUCCAUUCCUAGGCACCAGAAACACACCUACAGUCACCUGCACUCCUGGGAUAUAGUUUGGUAUUUUUGUUCCUGCCGUGGGCCUUUCUCCAGCUGCCAACGCAAAGAAAAGUUGCUGCAGCCAGAACAGGCUGUUUCUCAAAGAAUUGAGCGCAGAGGAAGCCCUGAAUGUGGAAGGUAAUGCCUUAUUUAUCGCAGUGUUGUGGUUUAAAAAUAUAUAUAUAUAUAUAUAUAUAUAUAUAUAUCUCAACACAGCUUUGCAGGGGGGAAUUGGGAAAAAAAUAUACUUUUUUUUUUUAAAAAAAAAAAAGAAUACUUAAAAAAAAAAAAAAAAAGACAAAGCU